GCCAUAAAUCUGAGAUCAACUUUGCAGAUUCAGAACAAGAUUUGACUUGCCAAUUGCUCAAAGAUUUUACUGUAAUUGUGUGUAGUAAAUGUUCUUAGUACUUGUACCUCUCUGAUGCGUAAGUAAGUGGACAUUUCCCCAUGGCCCAGCUGCCUUCUGCAUCAGAAGUGGCUUUCUCCAUGCUCCAGCUGGAAGUCCUCUCUUCACAGGAGACUUACAUUUCCCCCAGCCAGAAGCACCCAAGUACCACUUCUCUGUCCAUCCCUGGCCACGCUGCAGGGUUCUGGUACUUCAUGCUCACACCUUUGAGGAAACAGUCUACCAGGAAAGGUACGUUAAUAAGUUUCUUUCUGGCCAGCAAUGUGUUCUGCAGAUGAUAGGAAAGAGAGAAGAAAAACAAACAGAACCUUUAAGCUGUCUCUUCUAAGUUUCAGUGGUGGUAAGCAAGCCAUUUGUAGCUGACACUAAUAAAACAGGCAGAAUUAAAAUGACAUACAAUGCACUUUAAAAUGAAAAAUGAAAAUAUUCUAUCGCAUGCUGUGGUUGUAGUUUUAUCAGGCCUUUCUAAUUCGAAACUUACUCUGCUAUAGAGGAAAUGUCUUCCCAUAUUUUCUCAGAAUCUUGGCUGAUAGAAGACAUUUCAGUUGGUGUUGUCUGCCAGAAGGGUUAUUUUCCAUGCAGAAAUCAUACAAUGUGCCUCCCACAGGCAUUUCGUUGUGAUAGCAUAAAUGACUAUGAGAAUGGUGCGGAUGAAGAGAACUGUGCUGAGUACUGCAACAUCUUGAAUGAGGGAAUUACACCAUGCUGGUCAGCAAAGAAAACCGACAGCAUGUCUAAAGGCAUGCCUCAGGCAGACUCCAAUGGUGAGAUUCCUGUAGAAUCCCUCUUAUAUUAUCCUCUGCUCUGGAGAGUGGGUAAUCACUGUGUAUCUGUCUGGGGAAUCCUUCAAAGUGGGUGCACAAACUCCUGUAUUUCAAAUCAUCCUCCUGUGCCUCUUUCCUUUUUCAUUACCAUCACCCCUCAGCUACCACCUCUGGAUGUGGUCAUUUGUGUUUAUGACUUUCCACAUUGCACCUCUCCGUUCACCUACGGACCAGUGCUGUUACUAGCUCCAAACUGCACUCUGGUAUUCACUCAAGAAUUCCUUUUCCCAGGUCUCCACCAAUACCCAGAAGUUUGCAGCUGCAUCGAAACAGAACUAGAAUGUGCUGCUGUUAAUUUAAAGUCUGUUCCACUUGUUUCAAGUAGCAUAACCCUCCUUUUGAGAGUUGCAACACUUACGUUAAGACGUAAUUUAAACAUCAGUUACCAAUCACUUUUAGGUCACUCACACACACAGACCCAUUCUCUUCCAGGUGAAGUUUUCAGCAAGUGUACAAAGGUGAAGAAACUUACUGGUACUGGAUUUCUACAACACAAUUGCAUUCAGACAAUAUCAAGGAAAGCAUUCUUUGGACUUUGCAAACUUCAGAAAUUGUAUCUCAGUCAUAAAUGUAUCACUAGUUUGAAAGCUGGAGUACUCAGAGAUCUACACAAAUUGAAGUGGCUAAUUCUAGAUUAUAACCCAAUGGUGAAAAUUUCACAGCAGUUAUUUACUGGGCUAAAGUCUUUGGGGUUUUGAUCGAUGAUAAACAAUUCACUUGAGACUCUUCCCAAGAAGAUCUGUACUCAAAUGUUUCUUAUUAACCGUAUGGAUUUUGAAGGCAGUCAUAUUAAGGCCUUAACUAACACCAUCUUCCUGGAAUGCGAUGCGCUCACAGUAUUGGGUCUGUCCAGUAACAUGAUUACAGAAUUACCACGUUAUCUUUUUAAAGAUAUGAAGUAUUUACAAAAGCUGAACCUGUCUUUCAAUCCACUUUCUCACCUCUCUGAAGCUCACAUGGAAAGUCUUCAGCAGCUUCAGUCAUGGAGAAAUAUUAAUCAGUUACAAAAGUCAUUACAGCAAGGGCAAAAUUCAGGCCAUCGGUUCAGUUGCCCACAGGUCAGAUGUCCAACGCUAUUUGACAUCCCUGCAGCAUCUCCACUCCAGAAAGCCUUUGGUCUCUCCCGGGUCCUGCGUCACGUCUGCCUGCUCACAAGGAUGUCUUGGAUACCACAGGACAUGCCAAAUAAUGCUAGAUGGAGUAUUAGUCCGGUGAGCGAUUCAGCAGACCAAAAGCUAGCCUUGGUUGAGAUAAGCCUUCCUCCAGAUCCCAGUGACUGCGUUCACCACUGGCUUAUUCAGCUGCCCAUGUACAGGAGUCUGGUGCCGUUGGAGAUGCCCUUAGGGAUCUAUCCCACUGGCCGUCACCUGCUAAUCCAUAAGGCUGCAGCUACUUCGAAAAGUUUCACUUAUUUCUUCCAUGCAUUCCACCUGCACAUAUGCACAUCAUUAGCAGUUGGGUUAUCAUCAUUUGAAGAUCUCUCAGCUAACAAUGUUCUGAGAGUAUUUGUGUGGGUCAUAGCUUGUGUUGCAUGUUUUGGAAAUCUUGUCAUCAGAAUGAGAUCAUUUAUCAAAGCAGAAAAUGAGACGCACACCAUGUCUAUCAAAAUUUUGUAAGUAUGUGCUGAUUCUCUAAUGUGGCUGCACUGGUUCUUCAUUGGAGUUUUUGAUGUUAAAUACCAUGGACAGUAUAAAAAAUAUGCUGUGCUGUGGAUGGAAAGUUUACCAUGCUAUAUCAUGGGGUUCAUCACCAUGCUAUCUACAGAGGUGUCAGUCCUCUUGUUGACAUAUAUGACCUUGGAAAAGUAUUUAGUGAUUGUCUGUCCUUUCAGUAAUACCCAUCCUGGAAAGCAGCAGACAGUAGUGAUUCUUAUAUCCAUACGGAUUGCUGGAUUUGCCAUAGCAAUAAUCCCAUUCUAGGAUGAAGUUUUUGGAAAUUAUUACAGGGAAAACAGAGUUUGUUCCCCACUGAAUUCUGAUCACACAGAAGAAAUUAGAGGCAACAGGUAUUCCGUUGAUAUAUUUCUUGCUAAGUUUAAUUUCUACUAUGUUAUCAUUGUGUUCUCGUAGGUCAGCAUGUUUCGGUCCGUUCAGAAAACUGCCCUUCGGACAUCAGAGGUAGGGAGUCACACAUGCAGGGAUGUUGCUGUUGCCAAUCGGUUUUUAAUAGUAUUCACUGAUGCCAUCUGCUGGAUUCCUGUUGUCACUGAAAUCCUGUCCUUAUUCCAGGUGGAAAUUCCAGACACUGUCCCUUCCUGGAUAGUGGUAUUUGUUCUGCCAAUACACAGUGCCUUGAACUCCGCUCUCUAUACACUCACAACCAGGUUCUUUAAGAAGUUGAAGCAGUCACUGGACAGUCAUUGAAGGAGGGCAAUUUUCAAAAAUGAUGAAGAAACUUUGGCCGCUUCAGUCAUGCAGACAGACCAUCCCCUCACCCAUAGCUCUUCGUUUAUGCUUGGAUUUUUAAAAAAUAACUCCUCAGGACAGUGCUAA